AGGAGCAGCUGUGCCGGGCGUCCGGUCGACGUUGGGGGCUGUUGGGUCUGGUGGACAGAAUAGACUCUUGGCCAGGCAGAUGGCCUCUCGGUGGCCAAGCGUGGGGGUCUCCAUGCGCCGAAGAUCUCUCCAGGACCAGGAGCAGCUGGAGGAGAGUGAGAUGCUGCAGCCUGCAGUCAGCCAUCCGGAGACCUCCAGUGGGGCCCUGGGCUCCCUGUGCAGACAGUUCCAAAGGAGGCUGCCUCUGAGAGCAGUCAGCCUCAACCUGGGGGUGGGCCCCUCCUGGAAACGCCUGGAAGCCCCAGAGCCAGGGCAGCAGGGUCUCCAGGCUGCGGCCCGCUCAGCUAAGAACGCCUUGGGUGCCGUGUCCCAGAGAAUCCAGGAGUCCUGCCAAAGUGGUACCAAGUGGCUGGUGGAAACCCAGGUGAAAGCCAGGAGGAGGAAGAGAGGGACACAGAAGGGCAGUAGCCCCCCAGCUCGCAGCCUGAGCCAGAGGAGCACCCGGCUGUCUGGAGCUGCCCCUGCCCACUCAACCCUGGACCCCUGGGAGAGGGAGCAUCACGGCCUCUCCGCCCAGAUAGGCCCACGUGGCCACCCCCUGCGACGGGCCAGGAGGGAGGCUGCCUUCCGGAGCCCCUACUCCUCGACAGAGCCCCUCUGCUCCCCCAGUGAGUCUGACAGUGAUCUAGAGCCUGUGGGGGCAGGAAUUCAGCAUCUCCAGAAGCUGUCCCAAGAGCUGGAUGAGGCCAUCGUCACUGAAGAGAGUGGCGACAUGACCCUUUCUCUCAUUCGUGACUGAGGACAGUGCCCUUCAGGUAAUGCUCCCUCCCACGCAUCUCUCUCAGUGUCUUCCUCCUCCUCCUCCUCAGGCAUAAGCACAUAUGCAUAUCUGGAGGCAAGUUAAAGAACUGAGUCUUUUCUGGAAAAACCCACAGAGUUGAUGGGCCCAGCAGAGUAGGAAGGGUGCUAGUCUUCCUACCUGCUCGGAGCCAGACUGCUGACCCCACUGACCCCAUCACUAACUGAGCACUCCGGAGCCCCAAGUAGCUAGUGCCACCUUCCAGCUCCUCAUUUUGGGGGGAAGGAAGGCUAAGGUGUCCCCACUUCCCCUGCCUUGAGGGGCAUGAAGGGAGCUCUGUCUUGCAGGAAACAAGCCAUAUCUGGCCACCAUGCCCUCACACCUAGGCUCCGUGCCUCCCUGUGAGUUCCCAGAGGAAGCCCCCAGGAGUCAGCAGCGCCCCUGGGGCACUGUUAUCAAAGACCUGACUGACAAGGGCCCAGGGGGAAGCUGCUCCGGGGCCUCUGCUCUCCUGCUCCGGCCAUAUCUAGGCCCACCAUGACCUCCUACCACAGCCAAAGAGUGACUCGGGGAGACCU